GAAAAAGGAGCCAACCAUCUUUGCCUAUAAAAACGCUUUUAGCUUCUCAUCUUCUUCCCCCCCCCUUUCCUCUCUGUUCUUCAUUGUAACACAAUAUUACACUCUGUUUCCUCUGUUUUUGCUCUGUUUCUUGCCAUUCUUUAAGACUCUUAAGGUUUCCUUUUGAUCAAGAUACAAAAAUGGAAUAUGAAAACCAAUACAGGCUAACUCCAAGGCCUAAAUAUGAUUGCCUUCUAUUUGACCUUGAUGAUACCCUUUAUCCUGUUAGUUCUGGUCUUCAAAGAGAAUGUGGAAAGAACAUCAAAGAUUACAUGGUCGAAAAGCUUGGAAUUGAAAAGGACAAAAUUGUUGAAUUGUCCAAUGCUUUGUACAAGAAUUAUGGGACAACAAUGGCUGGCCUUAGGGCUAUUGGUUAUGACUUUGACGAUGAUGAAUACCACAGUUAUGUUCAUGGAAGACUCCCUUAUGAGAACUUAAGACAAGAUCCUCUAUUAAGGAGUCUAUUGCUUAGUUUGCCUGUUAGAAAAAUUAUCUUUACAAAUGCAGACAAGGACCAUGCUAAAAAAGCUCUUAAAAAACUGGGAUUAGAGGACUGUUUUGAAGGGAUUAUUUGCUUUGAAACCCUUAAUCCUAUCCAUAAGAACACAGUUUCUGAUGAUGAAGAUGACAUUGAAUUCUUGGGAUCUUCUGUCACAAGAAAUGAUAGUCUUAAAACCCCCGAAAUUUUCGACAUAAUCGGCCACUUCGCGAACCCGAACCCCGACGUAACAUUACCCAAGACACCCAUCGUGUGUAAACCGCAAGAAUCAGCCAUCGAACGAGCUCUCAAGAUCGCCAAAAUCAACCCUCAAAGAACAUUGUUCUUCGACGAUAGCGUACGCAACAUCCAGGCAGGAAAACGCGUCGGUCUUCACACCGUCCUCGUUGGUUCUUCUCAAAGACCUAAAGGUGCAGAUUAUGCAUUAGAAAGCAUCCAUAACAUCAAGCAAGCAUUACCAGAACUAUGGGAAACGGACAUGAAAUCUGAAGUCAACUACACAGGACAAGUUGCAGUAGAAACAUCUGUGACGGCUUAGAUCAUGUUAUAUGUUUUUUAUGUCUUUUUUUUCUAUUAUAGGAAAAAAAGAUUAAGGGCCAUCAAUGCCUAGUGGGAUCAUAUUGUCCACAUCCCUUUGUUCAUAUGAUGUAGAUGCAUUGUUCUCAUCUUCAUUAUAUAAUAUAUAUACAUAUAUCUAUUAUACGAAUAAAAAAAGAGGAAUUUUCAUUUUCCCUUUUAA